CUGUUAAAUCAGCUGCUGGCAAUAUUCAAUUUUCUUAGCCAAUUGAACUACUUUUAAAUACACGAGGGUAGCGGUAACGUAAAACACAACAAAAAAUCUAGUAACAAGAUCAAUGGAUACGACAGAAAAGGCUCUCAAGGAGGUGACCCCGGCGAUGCUUAGCCUGAACAAUUGCCCGGGCACAACGCCCGGCACGCCGAUGAGCAAAAAUCAGCUUAAGAAGCAGCGAAAGCUGGCGGAGUUUGCCGAACUCCGGAAGCUGCGACGCGAACGGGAGCGUGAGAAGAAAAAGCAGAAGCGGCGGGAGGCCAAGGAGCUGGGUCUGCCCGUCCGGACGGGACCCUCCCGCAAGGAGCUGAAGAAACGCCAGUUGGCAGACGGCGGAAAGUCUGGCCUCUCGGUCGCUAUAGAUCUGGACUACGACGAUCUGAUGCAGGAACGGGACAUCGUCAAGUGCGUGAAGCAGUGCCUUCGCAUCUACACCAUUAAUCGGCGCAGCCCACAGCCGGGCAAUCUGCACUUCACAGGCAUCCGGCGCAACGGUCACAUCCACGAGUCAUUCAAGAAGAACGAAGGCUGGGAGAACUGGCACGUGCAGUACUACUUCGAUCGCGGGCACACCGAUAUUUUCGAGCAUAGCCAACUGGUCUACCUCACCUGCGAGUCGGAUCGGGUGUUGGACAAGCUGCAGCCCGGCUGCACCUACGUCAUCGGUGGCCUGGUGGACCACAAUCACUUCAAGGGCCUGUGCCACUCGAGGGCCACGUCGGCGGGGCUGACUACCGCUCGCCUCCCGCUUAGCGAGCAUGUAGACAUGAAGACGAGGGCCGUGCUGAGCACCUACCAUGUGUUUGAGCUGCUGACCAAAGUUGCUGCCGGUCAGGACUGGACUACGGCCAUUCUGGAAACUAUUCCCAUGCGCAAGGGAGCCAAGGCGAAAAUCACAGACAAAAAGGAGCCGAAUCAUUGCUUGGAGCAGCAGGAUGAAAAACAGAAACAGGAAGCUGAGUCAGAUAAGCCCACCUUAACCGCCGUCGAGUCUGAAAUCGAAUCCCAUUCUUUAGACAGUUGACGGCAGUCGACAUCGGAUCUCGAGGUCUUUUUGAUUUUUAUUUCAGUUUUUGUUUUUACAAAAUCACAUUUCGUUUUGUUUCGCAAUUUAAAUGAUAACUUAUGUAUUUUAAGCGCAAAUAAUAAUAAGAAUACAAAG